AUGCCUAACCACAGUCUGACUGCGGAUGAGGCUGUCACUAGACUCGUCAAAUUUUCCAACCUGACACAUCACCGAACCUAUCUCAAAGAUUCGGAACAAAAGCGAGUCGACGAGGCUCUUCAGCUUCUCACUAAUGGACGACCUCCGGUUAAUGCAAAAGGUGCCAAACAAAAAAUAACUUAUCUGGAGACCCAGCGGAACAUAAGAAAGAAGUUCGGUGACACCGGAGUCGUUCUCUGUGCAGCUGGCCUGGGGCCUUCUAUCAUUGCUAAUAUGAGGGACGAGGAACGAGUGUACUUGCCUUCUAAGCUUAGCGAAAAGUGGAACGAAUUAGAGAUCGAUGUAUUCGAAAACCUUGCGAGUGGAGUAAAUAAAGACACAUCUCUAACUUCUGUUCACGGUGACGUCUAUGAGCUCUCCAUGGAAGAUUUGCAGAAAAUCGCGGCAAUGCCAGGCCAAAUUACUGGCAUAAGCUGA